GACGUUAACGCGGAAGCGUGCGUGAAACGUGACGUCUUUCUACUUCCUGUCACCACGUGUGGGGUGUCGUGUUAUGAUAACUGUGGCUGUUUUUUGUAAAUUUUAACAAAGUUUAAUCAUUAGAGACAUUUUACUGUAACGAUGGGAAAAUUAAAUGUUGUUCUUUUAAGAUAUCUUUCCAGAGAUGACUUCCGGGUCCUAACUGCUGUUGAAAUGGGUAUGAAGAAUCACGAAAUAGUACCAGUGAGUCUCAUCGCUUCUAUAGCGAGUCUCAGACACGGUGGAUGCAAUAAGAUCCUACGGGAACUUGUGAAACACAAGCUGAUGGCGUUUGAACGUACAAAAACCGUGCAAGGGUACCGUUUGAACUAUGGAGGGUAUGACUACUUGGCUUUGAAAACAUUGUCUUCCAGAGAUGUACUGACAUCUGUGGGCAACCAAAUGGGUGUAGGCAAAGAGUCAGAUAUCUACAUCGUUGCCAAUUCAGAGGGGGAACAGUUUGCUUUGAAACUUCACAGACUGGGUCGGACGUCAUUCCGGAACCUCAGGAACAAACGGGACUACCACAAGCACAGAAGCAGAAUGUCUUGGCUCUACCUUUCUCGUCUCUCUGCCAUGAAGGAGUAUGCCUACAUGAAGGCCCUGUAUGACAGAGGAUUUCCUGUUCCUAAAGCAGUGGAUUACAACAGGCAUGCUGUAGUGAUGGAGCUCAUUAAUGGCUAUCCCCUAUGUCAAGUGCAUGAAGUGGAAGAUCCAGCUACCUUGUAUAGUGAAGUUAUGGAUUUGAUCGUGAAACUGGCCAAUCACGGCCUCAUCCAUGGAGAUUUCAAUGAAUUCAACCUCAUGCUGGAUGACAAAGAGCACAUCACAAUGAUCGACUUUCCUCAGAUGGUCUCUACGUCACAUCUGAAUGCUGAAUGGUAUUUUGAUCGGGAUGUCAAAUGUAUACGAGAUUUCUUCAUCAAGAGAUUUAAUUAUGAAAGUGAGCUUUAUCCCACUUUUACAGACAUCAGGAGGGAGUGCUCUUUGGAUGUGGAGGUCUCUGCUAGCGGCUACACUAAAGACAUGCAGGAGGAUGACUCCCUGCUGCAUCCUGCGGGCCCCGAGGAUCAGGAGGGCCUCGAUGGGGAGGAGGAGGAGCCCACAGCAGCAGACGGACCCCUAGGGGGCAGUGUCCCAGAGACUGUAGACUUGGAGGAGUUCAGAAACGCCGUACAGGAACUGGAGGGACUGAAGAUAGGGGAGGACGUGCCUCCCGACGAGACCAACUAUCAGGUCUUGGUCCCUCAACCCACUGAAACGGCUGAAGUUGGCCGUACCCCGACAGAGCCCGACUGUAAAGCCUAUCAGGACCCCGGGAGUGGUGAUGAUGAUGAUGAUGAUGAUGAUGAGGAGGAGGAGGGGGGGGCAGAAGGAGAGGAGCAAGAAGCAGCAGAUGAGUGCCCUGAAUUGGUGGACCUCUCCUCUGCCAAUAAGGAGUUCAAACCAUUCAGGGACCAAAAUAGCCUGCAUCACAUUAAUGAGCACCGCAGGAGAACCACCAGUGAGACGACCACCAGCAGCGUUGGUAGCUGCUCCACCAUUCCCCCGGAGGUGGUGAAGCAGAAAGUGAAGCGGCAGCUCGGCAAGCAGCAGAAGGCCGCCCAGCGGCGGCGCCUGCAGAAGGGCGAGGCCAACCUGGUCACCAAGGAGAGGCGCGAGAACAUGCAGAACAUCAAGUGCAGCGUGGAGGCUGCCACGUUUUGGGGCUAGUGAAGGCAAUGUUGCCCAGGGUGGACAGAGGUUUUCAGUGUGACUCUGGGGGUGGGGCAUCAUUUAUUUGUACAGAAAUAAACAUUAUUAUUUGUGAAGAGGAGAAUCUUA